CCCACGUCCUAUUCCACCUUUUGUUCUUGCAGUGAUCCAGUGGACAUUGAGUCCCUGAGGAGAGCAGCAGCCAGUAAGGGAGGACUGCUCACUGAUGAACUAAGGAGGAAAGUCUGGCCCAAACUACUCAACAUCAACGUGUACGAUCUACCACAUAAACCUGGUCAAGAUGUGAGGGAGAACCACAAGGACUACAACCAAGUAGUCCUGGAUGUGAGGAGGUCCAUGAAGCGGUUCCCUAAAGGUAUGCCAGCCUCAGAGAGGGCUGUGCUUCAGGAGCAGCUGAUUGACAUCAUACUGGAGGUUUUGAAACGCACCCCUCAGCUCCAUUACUACCAAGGCUACCACGACGUGGCCGUCACUCUGCUGCUGGUAGUCGGGGAGCGGAUGGCCAUCGCCAUGCUGGACACUCUGUCCAAUCACCAUCUCAGGGAUUUCAUGGAUCCUACCAUGGACAGCACCAAACACAUUUUAAACUACUUGAUGCCGAUAUUGGAACAAGUUGAUACGGAACUACACGACUUCAUGAUCAGAGCAGAGGUGGGAACCAUCUUCGCACUGUCCUGGCUCAUCACGUGGUACGGCCACGUGCUGUCAGACUUCAAACACACCAUGAGGCUCUACGACUUCUUCCUGGCAUCGCACCCGCUGAUGCCCAUUUACCUCGCCGCUACGAUUGUGCUGCACAGAGAGAAGGCAGUGAAGAAGACGGAGUGUGACAUGGCCAUGGUCCACCACCUGCUCUCACGCAUACCCCAGGACCUCCCAUACGAACUUUUGAUCGGCCAGGCCCAGGACCUGUUGGACCACUACCCUCCAUCUCUACUGGCCAAGCAGGCAGCGCUGCAGCCUCGCAAGAGUCUGUCCAUCAGCACCUUCCAGGCGUUUCAGUUCUCCACCCUCCACCAGAGGCCUGACUCUGUUCUCCAACGCCUCACCAAGGCCCAGGGCUCCAGCCACUCCAGACACGCCUCUCGACCCUCAGGUCAGGAAGCGGCUUUGCCCCGGGACCGAGGCCAGCUGUGGGGGACGGGGAACCGGAUGGUGAAGAUGGCAGUGUGGGGGCUGUCCGCGACGCUCGGGGCCGCCGUGUUCGCCGUGGCUCAGACAGCUAUGGACUGGGGACCCGAGGUGUUACUACAACUGUUCUGAUGUGGCGGUGGGGAUUUAGACUGUUAGACACACACGCUAACACAGCAGACACACAUCUGCUCUUAAACAAUAUAACAACUUGCAUAGACAAACAAAGACGUCGAAGACUUGAAGCUCAUCUCUCCUGCUGAGAGGAAACCUUGGAGAAAAGCAGGAAUAGGUCAGUUAUCUUGGUGCCAAACAGGUUGUUGCUACACAACCAUUAUGAACAUAUGUUCGCCACUAGCCAGCCUCGGGAUGUAUCCCCAAACUCAUUCCCACAUGUGAGCAUGGAUGGGUAACUGAACGAGCCUCUGACCUCUUGGGCCCUUGAGGCCAGAGCCUCAGUGUGGAGUCACUGCUAACAUUUCCUUUUGAAAAGACAAUCAAACCACCACAAAGAGACCAAAAACAACUACAGACAUUGAAGAUGACCAAAGAGAGACAUGAACGUGUGGUUUGCAGUCGUUUUGUGUUCCUCAGUCUGGGGCAUCAUCUCCUCUUAUGUAGGAGGUGUGGCAGGCUUUAACAUGUUUUCGCCCAGGGGCCCAUUGUCUCAUUAUCCAUCCAUGCAUGCGAGACACUAACACAUCUCGCUUUUGCAGGCUGUUGCUCUCACGGCACCAUCGGUGUAACAUUUAACACGUGUCUCUGUGCGUUUGCUGUUGGCUGAUUAUUUAGCUGAUAAGUCUCUUUGAGACGGUCAUGCUCGUCUCGCUGUAUUAUUUGUUGAUGGUGUUUUAGUGAGCUUGUUGGAUCUGCAGCCGUAUCUGAGAGCUAAAAAGUGCCCGUAGCCUGCGCGAUGACACAUGAAUACAAAUUAUUAAAGAGCGGCGUUUUCUGCUGAAAGCAUCCAGUUAUGAGUGAAGAAGGAGAGCGGGAGAGAAAUGGGAAAGAUGGCGGGAGAGAUUUUGCCUUUAAGCCACUUGUAUUAAUUGCUUUACUGCAGGUGUCAGCGAGUUACAUUAACAGUACAGCUUUCUGCUGCCCAAAAUGUGAACAUUACACACAGUUAGCACUCUGCACUCAAUGCACACAGUGGGGCUUUUGCAGAUGCAUUGAGGCAUCAGAUGCAGGAGGCACUGAAAUACAUAUUUCUUUUAAUAUAUCAUUUUUCAAUAUUUUCUGUGGCAGUUUUCUAGAUGUUGUGGCCUGAAUGAAUAUGCAGAAUACACCAGUACUUUUACAUUCUUAAAAUAUUUAGCAGGGUUGGGCUAACAUCCACUCUGAACAGCCAUCUACAGAACUACAUGACAUGGACUCAGUUCUUCUUCUACAUCAUAUUUCUCUUCAGCAUUUUACAGCUACGGUGAUUAUUUUAACACGUGUGAUAGAAGAAAUAGUGUUUUUAUGUCACACACCAUGUUGAUAUUGUUGAACCAAACGUAAUCACUGAGUUUUAGCGCCUGAAUAGUGAAUAUUAAUAAAACAGGCGGUUUCCAACUGGGAUACAUAUGUACAGGGCACGGGGGGGGGGGGGGGGUUCUCCAAAGAGUAAUGCAUGCUCUGGUGUGUCGACUUAUAUUUUGAAAUAUUUAUCAGCUUUUUACUAGCAUGUUGCAUCUGUUAACACAAAUUCACCUGAGUCUGAACCCUCCUCUUCUCUCCGUCAUCAGAUAUAGAUGCCUGGCAUGUUUGCACAGUCAGUCUGUGAAGUUUACCCCGUUGAUUUUAGUCGCUCUGUAGUUCAUGAAGUCAACCGGUAUGUGCUUUGUUGUGUACAAACUACAAUAGUAAGGGAGAAAGCCACCAGAAAGUCACACUUCAAGCCUCGGGGCGAUCUGAGAAGGAUUUGCAGAGCUGAGUAGUUAACAAAACAAAUCGCCCCAUUAAGUGGUUGGUUUCAGGCAUUCUUCAGAAAAUGCCAAUAGCUGUCAUUCUAUUAGAGAGUCAAUAAAUCAAUCAAUGACGUGUAACUCAGGUAGUCUGCUGGCCUGCGAGCCAGUUCAGACAUCUGGUCAGUCAGUAACCUGUGGUGGUUGUUUAAAAAAGUCUGACAAGCUGCACGUCAUGUAAAACAUGAUAUGCGUGCGUGUCCGACGUGAUUAAAUGCAGUAAGUGUGUGAGUGUGUGUGUGUGUGCUUGAGAGAAAAUGUGCUUAAGUCACAGGUCAGUUAAUUUCUUCUUUUUUCCCUUUUAACUCGCUGGGCAUUCUCUUUGUUAUUUUAGUUUUUU